CGCCACGCAUGCGCCGCGCAGGCCCAGUAGCGGAGCAGCGCAGUACGGGCUGCCCCGCCUGCCUUCUCCAGCGCCGCCAGAGCAGGAGAGGUGGAGGAUGAGCUGAACUCCGCCGGAGUUUCUGUCUUCACCGUUGUCACAGGGUGUCUGAAAACCAUUUUACUUUAAAAAGGAAAGAUGCUGUCUUCAAAUGAUAAGAAGUUAGAAAAAAUGGAUCCAUUUUAUCAACCUUCAGUGUCCAAGCAGAAGACCAGUGCAGAAAUCAUAAGUGAAGCACGAAAUGCAUUAAGAACGGUUAGAACCCAAAGACCAUUUACGCCCCAAGAAGACCAAAGGAAACUGUUUGGGCCUACGUCAUCAAGGACACUGGAAAAUAGGCCUCCUUCCUCCUUCAGCCUCCACGCAUCCAGCUUUGAGUCAUCUGAUUGCAGGCCUAUCUCUGGCACCCGUCUCAGCCCACUAGAGCUGAAACCGAAAGCUCCGCCAUCUCCCACCGCAGAGGAGGAUCCCUGCCUUUCCUUCCCUAAGCCCCCCGUGGACCCCGCGAAGAUUAGAAGAAUAAGCAGUGCCCGGGCGCGCUUAUUCAGGGCAGCCUCCCAAGGGGCUCUUCUGCCGGACAGAUCCCUUCCUCCCGCCGAGUUAAAGAAGACAGUGGAAUCCAAAGAAACAGUUAUGCUGGGGGAUUCGACGGUAAAAACAAAUGGGAUUUAUUUAACAGAAUCAAAUGCCGCUGGCCAUUUAAAGCACCACUCACUUCAACUAACUUGUGAGGGAGGCUUCAGAGACAUCCAAGAGCGGGAAGGACUGAGCAGAACGACCUUACCAUCUCAUCUGAGAAGUGGAGGAGACCCGGGGAAGAGGCGCGCCAGGGCUUCCUCAUGCCCCAGCCGCUCGGACCUGAGCAGACUGGAAACCAAAGCAGUCUCAAAAGCCUACUUGCAAGAAACGGAUACAGAAAUAGAAGUAGACGAAGUCUUUUGGAAUACAAGGAUUGUACCAAUUUUGCAUGAAUUAGAAAAGGAAGAAAAUAUUGAAACGAUCUGUGCCACUUGCACCCAACUUCAUCACGCUUUAGAGGAAGGAAAUAUGCUUGGAAAUAAGUUUAAGAGAAGAAGUAUUCUCCUGAAGACCCUCUAUAAACUAGUCGACAUUGGCUCAGACAUGCUCAGCCUUAAACUUGCAAAAAUGAUCCUAGCACUCAAAGUGAGUAGAAAGAAUCUUCUGAAUGUCUGCAAACUUAUAUUUAAAAUUAGCAGGAGUGAGAAGAAUGAUUCUCUGCUUCAGAAUGAAAACAUUCUGGAAUCAUUAUUGGAGGUCCUGAGAAGUGAAGACCUGCAGACUAAUGUGGAAGCUUUUUUAUACUGUGUGGGGACGAUCAAAUUCAUAUCUGGAAAUCCAAGAUUUCUUAAUGAAAUGAUCAGCAAAGGUGCUGUGGGAAUACUGGCACACUUGAUAAGGCGGGUGAAUGAGCCCUCCAAGACAUGGGGUGCAUGCUUGCCUAACUCAGGCCACUUGUUAGUCCAGAUAACUGCUACCUUGAGAAACUUGGUUGAUUUACCACGAGCAAGAACUCAGUGCCUGGGGGCGGGAAUCCUUCCCCAGCUCUGCGCAGUGAUGGAACUUUACCUGGACGACAAGGAUAUCUGCACCAAUAUCGCCAGGAUAUUCAGCAAACUAACCUCUUACCAUGACUGCUGUACAGCGUUGGCCAACUAUUCCAGAUGUUACGCCUUGUUUUUGAAUCUGAUAAACAAAUACCAGAAGAAGCAGGAUUUAGUCGUUCGGAUUGUUUUUAUCCUUGGCAACCUGACAGCGAAAAACAACCAGGCUCGGGAACGUUUUUGCAAAGAGAGAGGGAGCAUCCACACCCUGCUGUCCUUGUUCCAGACAUACCAGCAGCUGGGCCUGCCCUCUCCCUGGCCUCAGCGGCCCACCGGGCCCAGGCUGCCCAUGGAGGCCGAGGAUGUGCUCGUCAAGCUGACGCGCGUGCUGGCCAACAUGGCCAUCCACCCGCGUGUGGGCCCCAUGCUGGCCGCCGACAGUCAUGUGGUAGGCCUGCUGCUGACCACACUGGAAUCCAAGUCACUUGAUGACUCUGAGGAGCUGGUGAUCAACACUACUGCAACGAUCAACAAUUUAUCUUUCUACCAAGUGAAGAAUUCCAUAAUCCAAGACAAAAAGCUAUAUAUUGCUGAAUUGCUUUUAAAACUUCUUGUAAGUAAAAACAUGGAUGGAAUCCUAGAGGCUGUGCGUGUUUUUGGAAAUCUCUCCCAGGAUCGUGACAUCUGCAAUUUCAUUGUGCAGAAUAAUGUGCACAAGUUCAUGAUUGCACUGCUGGAUGCCAGGCACCAGGAACUUUGCUUUUCCGCCUGUGGCGUUCUCCUCAAUCUCACCGUGGAUAAAGACAAGCACAUUGUCCUAAAGGAGGGAGGUGGCGUUAAAAAGCUCAUGGAUUGUUUAAGAGAUUUUGGCCCUACGGAUUGGCAGCUGGCCUGCUUGGUUUGCAAAACUUUAUGGAAUUUCAGUGAAAACAGCAGCAAGGCUUCGUCAUGUUUUGGCGAUGAAGACACCAACAUGCUCUUAGGCCUCUUGUCAUCAUUUUUAGAUGAGGAGCUAGUACUGGGUAGCAGUUUUGAUCAAGACAUAAACGACUAUCACAAGCUGCACUGGGAAACAGAAUUCAAGCCUGUGGCGGAGCAGCUCCUGAGCCGCAUUCGGAGUUCUCGCGCCUCCCUGGCCCCGCUGCCUGUCCCUUCCCUCUGACCUCAGCCGUGGAAGCAGGUCACCCUCCUUCUUAAGCAGUGAUUACAAAUGUAAACUUUUUUUUAGUAUUAAAGAAGUAUUGAAAGUUUUUA